CUCAUCUCAUUCGUCUGUGGCACAGAGGAGAUCACUUGGCAGAGAUUUCUCAGUUUGUGUGAGGUGGAUCACAUCCAUAAUCCCUGCAUGGCAUUUUUCUCCAGAGACUGUGACAUUGCAGAGGUGCUGUGCUGGGGGUUUAACAGGCUGGCUGCUGGGUAGACGGCUGGGCUAAUUCACUCUGACUUGCAGGUAGUUACACGACAGCGGAACGUCACCUUGACAAAAUUGACUCAAUUGCUUUGAGAGGCUAAACAAAGAAGAGGCUUGGAUUGCAACAGGUCACACCAACUGUACAGUGUUGAAGACUUCCCUUUCCUUGCAAUAGGCAUGCAGCUGGCAGCCUGUUUAGCAGUGCUGGUACUUUGGGUGGCAGAGACUGUACACAGUUGUCCAGAUGCCUGUAAAUGCACAAAGAAAACCAGUCCAGAAAGGUCAGAGGUUAACUGCCACAAGAAGGGGAUUAAAAGGUUUCCGGUCCAACUGCCCCCAGAUUCCUGGAUCCUAAAAAUGGGUGAGAACGGAAUAACAGACCUGCCAGCAAAUGUCCUGAAACCCAUCCCCAAGAUCGAAAGCAUCAACUUGGAACGCAAUGCCAUCAAAUCAAUACACCCCCAGGCCUUUUCUGGAGCCCAGAGGCUGAUGCUGCUCAAUUUGUAUGGGAACCAGAUCAACAAACUCCCCCUGAAUGGCUUUCGGGACCUGCUAAACCUACGGUUCCUCAUGCUGGGCCAAAACCACAUAUCAAUGGUCAAACCCGACAUGUUUACAGGCAUGAGUAACCUUUCAGACCUGGACCUGCCCCUCAACUCUCUGACCGCUGUUCCCUCCAAUGCUUUCAAGCCCCUGAUCGCCCUCAAGGUCUUAGAUUUGGCCUUCAACCGCAUCCACAAGAUCUCCCCCAAGGGAUUUGUGGGCCUGACAGAGCUGCUGUUCCUCAACCUGGACAACAACAGCCUGAAGAGCAUCUUGGCUGGGGCCUUCAAGCCUCUGGUCUCCCUGGAGAUGCUGGUGCUAGAUAACAACCUGUUGACCACGCUAAACUCAGCCAGUCUGGAGGGCCUGUCCAGCCUCCAGGAACUCUACCUGAGGAACAACCAGCUGGAGAGGCUACCCCCGGACCUGUUCAGACACACACCCAGGCUCUUGCAGCUGGCCCUCAGUGGGAACCAGCUCAAAAAUGUGGAUGGGAAUAUUUUCACCCAGCUGUCCGGCCUGAAGGAAGUGUAUCUCCAUGACAACCCCUGGACAUGUGACUGCAACAUCAACGGCCUGGUGCGCUGGAUGUCCCAGACGAAGGCCAACCUCUCCCCUUUGGAAGCGCUGAGGUGUGUUGCCCCGGCAGAGUACCGCAACAAAUCCAUCCACAGCCUCAAAGACCUGAAUAUGCGCUGCAGAGCCUAACCUGGAAACACACCAGCUCAUACAUUACACCAGCAUCACAUGGCUCUAGCCACGGUCCGGCCACAGAAUAACCUGUAUCCGUGCGACACUUAGGCAACCACGGCCUAACGAUUUACAACUGAAUGAUUAAUUAUUAGUGUACAACCAUAAGCUGAAGCUGUUGUAACGAUAUACAAGCAAAAGAGAAAGAAGACCAAAAGGGGCUUGAUAGCUUGCCAUGAGCUUUCUGCCAUUGGGACAUUAUACAUUUCCAUUGAUGCCAAAUUCAUAAUUUUCACCUUCAUUAAACCUGUUAUUAUUAUUGUGUAGUGAGAAACAUUCUACUGUAUUACCUCCUCUAAAAUGACAUGCAUUUCUUUACCAUAAUGAUCUUGAUAAACCUAAAAUUAUCUCAACAUGAUAAACCCAUCAAAUAUGUAAGGCAAUUUUAUGAUUCUCAGAUAUGCAAUAAUCUUUUCAUGCUUAUUAGUUUGACAUCUUUGAAGAUUAGCCUUUGCUUCCAAGCUUGUCACUCACGGUUAGUUGUAAUUAGCUGAUCUCCUAAUCUGAAGCACAAUGAAUACAUCUCAUUGUUUGCAUCGAGUGAAACAUAUGCAAAUGAAACCAUAAUGAUCUUGCCCAUGUACAACCUUAAAACAGCCUUUCCAUUGUCUAUACUCUAAUUGAGUUCAUACUGUAUAUUAAUUUGUUAAUAAAUG